CUUAUUCUCUUGCCACUCCUACUACAUUUACACCUCAUUUGUUUGUUACUACUUAUUUUCAUACCCACUUCAGCUUCUUCAUCCAAGAUUUUGGUAUUUGAUAAACUUCACCCAUACAAAUGGGUGCUUGUGGGUGGUUCAAGAGGCUAGUCGGAUCUAAAAGAAAGAAGGAAAACAGACCCAAAAACACAGAGCAUAUUCAACAAGAUUUUAAGAUCGCAAAUGGCUCAAAAAGCAGAGACUCUUCUCUGAGAGAAUCAAGUUUUCGUGCUGGUAGUAGAAAAGUUAUCGGUCGAAGCACAGGAACAAAGGAAUUUGCUGCAACUCGAAUCCAAACUGCGUAUCGUUCGUAUAGGGCAAGAAAAGCGCUACGUUGUCUGAAAGGGACUGCUAGAUUUCAGGUGUUGAUUGAAGCUGAUGCUCUUACAAAGCAAGCUUCUUCUGCUCUUAACCAAAUACAUUUGUGGAGCAGGAUACAAACAGAAAUCAGAAGCCGGCGCCAUUGGAUGGUGGCGGAAGGUCGGAUCAAGCAAAAGAGGCUUGAGAAUCAAGUGAAAGUCGAGUCUAAGCUUCACGAACUCGAGGUCGAAUGGUCUGGUGGACCCGAGACGAUGGACGAGAUUGUGUCCAGGAUACAACAGCGUGAGGAAGCCACAAUUAAACGUGAACGAGCAAUGGCCUAUGCCUUCUAUCACCAAUGGAGAGCAAACUCGAAUCGUUAUUUUGGCCAAGCUUAUUAUGAUCUAAGCAAAGAGAGUUGGGGAUGGAGUUGGAAGGAGCGUUGGAUCGCCGUAUGCCCAUGGGAGGCUCGGGUGGUUGCACGUGGUGCAAAACCGUGUAAGAAAACAAAGAAUGGUGCACCAAAGAUAGUGGUUGCAGUGAAACCUCAGACUAGUAAUGCAAAAGGUAUUUUUAAAGCAAUGUAUGGUACAUCUUGAGAUACUUUUUGGUGCCUAACUAAUAUAUCUGACACAGUUUUCUUGCAUGAGUGAAGAGUGGUUUUUUGAUUGAUUUUGUAAAUUUAAUUUGGUGUGUACGUCACAAAUCAAAUCCCUUUGAAUGGGAUGCGAUUAUUAACAGAUAUAUUUUUAUAUUUAUUUAAGUUUAUUAAUGGCAUUAUUUGAGGUU